AGGAAUAAGAUUUUGCAAUUGAAGGAUGAAUGUAUUGCUGCUGCAAAAAAUGCCACUGACUUAACCAGAGAAGCCAAAGAGUUCGUCGCGAAAAUCAAUGAGUUCGUCAAAGCAGCGGAGACUAAUCCAUCUGAUGGGGAGGCUGAGAUGGUGAAAGGUGUUGAACUUCUCGAGAAAGUAAAGAAGGCCGCCGCCGUUGCAGAAAAUACUGCACGGUUAACUAAAGAAGCAACAAAACUUCCGAUAUUUCAAUAUGGAGUGACGGCUCGGGAACUAUUAGUUGAUUUUAGGUACUCAUAUGACGAGAUGAACAAAUCCACGACAGAACAAGUUGAUGACACUGAGAAACCGAAACUCAAGGAGCUUCACGAAAAGGUAGAAACUGCAUUCCCUUACAGAAACGAAACGGCUCUGGCAGAAAUCUCGUUAGGUGCCCUCGUCGCCGUAGAAGAUGCUCAAGAGGCGGCAAAGAAGACUGAACCUACAGUGGAGCCUGCGAAAGAAGCUGUUACCCUUUUAAAGGAGGCCUUAAAGAAACUCGAGGAGGUGAUUACUGCUGCGAAGGAAAUAAAGGAAAAAAUAACACCAGAGGAAAAGAAAGGAUCACCGAAUAACACAGAGGAUAACAGUGACCUCAGCGACUCUACUUCUACCCACCAACCAUCUCCUGUACCCAUACCCGACACAUAG